GGGUAAAGUUAGUCAGUGUGUGAAGAGCCGCUGCCUCAGACUGCUCCUAUCCGAGCGAACACUGGCAAACACAGCGCGGCCACUGACUGCACUUUCAUGUGCUGUAGGCUUUUAGACAGUACUGCUACUUCCCAUCAUUUAUCACUGGAUAUAUCACUAUCAGCACCAACGGACGGACCCAUGAGCCAGGGCAGGAUCGCUAUUCUCUCAUAAACAAGGUGCAGCUUUGACCGAUAUGGCCGUGUCAUUGCGCUGCCACAGGACAGUCCUAUUGGCUGUGGCCUUCUGUUUCCUGCCAUGCAUCACUUCCUCACUCAACCUGGAGGAUCCCAACGUAUGCAGCCACUGGGAGAGUUACUCUGUGACAGUGCAAGAGUCAUACGCCCAUCCGUUUGAUCAGAUUUACUACACCAGCUGUACCGACAUCCUCAACUGGUUCAAGUGUACCAGACACAGGGUGAGCUAUCGGACAGCAUACCGUAGAGGAGAGAAGACCAUGUACCGGAGAAAGUCCCAGUGCUGCCCAGGCUUCUACGAGAACGGAGAGAUCUGUGCUCCUCAUUGUGCAGAGAGCUGCGUUCACGGCCGUUGCAUGGCCCCCAACACCUGCCAGUGUGAGCCGGGUUGGGGGGGAUCCAACUGCUCCAGUGCUUGUGACAGUAACCACUGGGGUUCCCACUGCAGUAACAGAUGUCAGUGCCAGAACGGAGCGUUGUGUAACCCCAUCACUGGAGCCUGUAUCUGCACUCCUGGAUAUAGAGGCUGGCGCUGUGAGGCCCAGUGUGAGGUGGGCACCUAUGGUAACGGAUGCCAACAGAAAUGCCAGUGCCAGAAUGGAGCCACCUGUCACCAUGUCACCGGAGAAUGCAAGUGCUCACCGGGAUACACUGGAGCUUUCUGCGAAGACCUGUGUCCUCCAGGGAAACAUGGGCAGCAGUGUGAAGAGAGAUGUCCAUGUCAGAAUGGAGGAGUGUGUCACCAUGUAACUGGAGAGUGCUCCUGUCCUGCAGGAUGGAUGGGUACAGUGUGUGGCCAGCCAUGUCCAGAGGGGAGAUUUGGACAGAACUGUUCCCAGGAAUGUCAGUGUCACAACAACGGCUUCUGUAUGUCAUCCACCGGACAGUGUCUCUGCAGCCCCGGAUACACCGGAGAACGG